AAAAUGUGUUGUGAGGUUGAAGAGAGGGAUCACUUAGGGCUUAAUUUAUAGUUGUAUCCGAAAGAAGAAAUGUGUUUUAUUAUUUUAUUUUAAUUUACUUAUUUAAUUUGCUUACGUUGAGGAGUUGACGCGUGAAUAUGGAUGCAUGGACUAUUUUCAGGAGGGGAGGGGAGGGGGGUGAUUCCCUUAUUUGUUUUCUUUUUAUGAUUCACGGUGAAUGUCAGGUCUAUGGAUGGGUUUAGACUCUAAUUCUUAGAAGAAGAGUAGUGUACGGAUAUAUAUUGUUCUGGGUAUGUAAAUUAACAGUAAGCACCAAUAUCCGCAUAAAUGUCCAGAACAAUGUGAUAUAGUUUCGCAUAACAGGUUAAUCAAACUCAAAACGUGUUACCGUUCUAAGUCUAUUAGGUUCCAUACGAGUUUAAUACUUUCGUGUUUUGUAUUAUGUGCAUGUAUUAGGUGCAUAAGCAAUUAAGCAUAGUAAUAAACUGAAAUGAAAAUAAAAUAGUGAAACUCUUAUCCAGAAAAAGAUUGAUCGAUUGAUAUCUUUCUGUUGCAUUAACUAUUAAGCCACGCGCAAAUUUCCUUUACAUAAUAAUGUAAUGUCUAUUGAUUAAUAGUUUGAAGUAUUGCUUGUGGUAUAUGUUGUAAAGUAGUAUCUGAUACUGAAACUCGUGAAAACAACUGUGAUGUAGAUAGGCUGUUCAACCAAGAGAUUUCAUAUUACUUCUUGACUUAUCAAUUAUGCGCAUGCAUUAAGUGUAUUAUAUAAUAAUCAACUGAAAUGAAAAUAUAAUAAUAAUACUACACUUUUUUUAAAAGAGGAUCGAUUGUAAUCUUUCUGUUGCAUUAACUAAUAAGCCAUGCACAAACUUCCUUUACAUUGAUAAUUUAAUAUAUAAUGAUUGAUAGUGUUAAAUACACUAAUUAAUAAUUACUAGCUGUAGGUAUAUGUUACAAAAUAUAUGAUACUCAAACUCGUGAAAACAAUGUGUAAUGUAGGUAGGCUGUUCAAACAAGAGAUUUCAUAUUACUAACUUGCCUUAGUUCGGGCAAUUACGAAGAAGAGCAAUACGUUCUAGAUGAUUUCAGCUCGAAUAUUGUUUUUUUUUUUUUGCCUUUUCGGGAUUGCACAUGUGUUUACCGUAUCUGUCGAAAGUCUCGGUAACCAUUCGUGUUGACUAACGUAUAAUUUAGGUGGGUAUAAAAGCCAAAUUGGAGAAUGUCUGAUUAUAGGUUUACACGAAGCUCCACAUUCUUUUAUACGUAUAUAUCAUAUUAACAUUUCUGAAACCAGAUUUUGAAAAACCUUCUUAAACCAUUUCAUUUUUUUUGUCAACAAUAUUAACAAUUUGUUCCGACCACCACAUCUAACUGUUACUGUUGUAGUGUCUUAUAUGCAUUCUGUGGCCCAUAUCUUUGAAUUCUGAAUGUAAGAGUGAAAGGUUACGGUGUAAAUUCAUAACUCUCAUCAUUGUUUUGUCUACUCAUUCUUUACUACAAAUUCAUCAUUCACGGCCUGAAAGUUUCCAUAUCUUUCCAAACUCCAUCCAAGUAACACCACUAUCCUUCAUGGACCACAUGGAAGAACCGAACCAGUUAUUUGAUCUUUCUAUCUUCUACGUCAUUUUUUCCUUUAGAAAAAAGUGUCUUACAAAAAUAUUUUUUAUGCUUCUUAUAAUUUUUUAUUAUUUAAUAAUAAUAUACUGUAAAUUUCAAAAAUAGUUAAAUUUAUUGAAUUAAUAAUAGUUAAAUUUCAUUACAAUCAAAUAAUCACAAAAUAUCCAAAUAGAGUAUUUGUGGUGUUUCACUUCUUCUCAUUUGCGAAAUGAUUUCAGUUCAUUUGGUGGACAGAGUUCUGGUACAAUACAAGAUUCGUAAUUCGUGGUUCGAGACUCUGUUUUCUGAAUUUGAAGUCGUAUCAUCAAUCGUCUAUCACUAAGAUUGUGCCAAAAACUCUUGGCUCGCAAUUAUUGUCCUUUUGGCGCUCAAAAAAAUUGAGAAUGCGGCACGUCGAUUAUAGUUACCUCCAGACUCUCGUAUUCACCCGGUUUUACAUGUCUUCCAAUUGAAACCACUGUUAAGAAAGAUGACAUUGUCAACCCGUUACUGGUGGUGUUGUCUUGAGAUGAUGAGUUUGUUAUGAUAAGGAGGGCCGUUGGAGGUUUUGGUACAUUGGUUGGGAUUACCUGUUCAUGAGGAUAAAUGGGUUCGCAUGAGUUAAUUAGUGCAACAAUUUACAAACGCUGAGUUUGAGGACAAGCUCGUUCUUUUCAACGGGGUAUCGAUAGACAUCUAAGAAGCGGCGGAUCUACAAAAUAUUUGAGUAGAUGCAAAAUUAAUUAUUAAUAAAUAUUUUUAUUUAAUAAUAUUACAAAUAUCUAUUUUUUAUUUUUCAAUAAAAGGAAAAUUUAGAAGAAAAUAUAAUAACAAAAUAAUAUAACUAAAACUAAUGAAGAACGAAAAGACUUCACUAACCGAAUGGGAAAAAUGGAAUUCAAAAUAUUUUCAAACAAAAAUUUUUGAAUGAAAAGAAAUGAGGAACAAAAAAUAGAACAUGAGGAAAAUAAUGUAACAUAACACUUGGCCACAAAAAGAACUCAGAAAAGUAAAGGAAAAUAAGAAAAAAGGAUACAAAGAACUAAAUGAAGAAAAGAAAGCCUUCACUAGCAUAAAGGAAAAACAAAAUACUAAGAUUCAAAAAAACUUCAAACAAAAGUUUUGGGAUGAAAGAAAUGAGGAACAAAAAAGAACAUAGGAAAUACGGAAACAUAAGACGUGGCCAAAAAAAUAUUAGAAAAGUUAAGGAAAAAUAAGAAAAACAAAAAUACAAGCGAGAAAAUGGGUUCGAACGCUGAUCCAGUGGAGGCAAUAUAAGGGUUUUAACCAACUAAGCUAUAGUUGACAUACCUACUGUAUUUCAAUUCAUUAUAGAUUUUACUGGGGGCAACUGCCCCCCUGUUGAGUAAAAGAGCUUAUAUACAUUUUUGCUAACAGUAGGAGUUUUGAACCUUAGGCCUGUAAUUUUCCCCCAAACCCAGAGUCAACCUUUAGAUAUUCUGAUUCAAAGAAUAACCUUCCGUUCCAAAGGUAGUUUGAACCCGAGGCAUAAGGGAACCAAUCCUCUUGCACUACUACUAGGCUACUAACACUUUGGUUAUACCCCUUUACACUACCACUAGGCUACAAAAACAUUGGUUCUUUAGUGUAAACUGAAUUCCAUUGACACUAUGAGUCUGAAAGCAACCAAUCGGAAUUUAGGUUACGAUUUCUAAUCAGUGUUUGUAUUUCACGUAUAUACAAUUGUCGUGUUGAGAUCUUAUCCCAGAAGUUGAAGGCAGAACGAUUGAAACGUACAAAAUGUUUGUGGCCAUGUUAAAACGCGGUGCCCAAGCAGCACAACAUGAUGAACCAUAAGCUUACCCGUUGAACCUUUGAGACUCGAGGAUUGUUGGAUAAGGUUCUAAUGCUGCCAAAGAAAGAGAAGGUAGCUCAAAGACUGAGAAGAAGGAUUAAAGUAGAAAACGGCAUGAUAAGCAUACGCAAAAGACACUACGCUCUUCCAAGGACAGACAUGCACGGGACAAGUACAAUCAGAUAUCUGCUCCUGAAGAUAACAUACAGUACCCGCAAAAACCAAGUCAAGUUUCUGAUGAACUAAGAGCCAAAAUACGUGCAAUGUUAAGUUUCUUUUUAAUUCAUUGACUAUGUUUUUUGUAUCUACUAUGAUCGAGUUGACAAUGUCGAUAGGGUCUUUUGUUGUAAAAUGGUCGAUGAGCAUCUAGAAGCAUAAAAGAUCAUACAUAAAAGCCGAUGCCAUUGUGUAAAGGACUGUCUCUUGAGAUGCUUGGGAGUCGGGAUGAAGUUAAGAGUGAGUUUGUCACUUUUGUUGACGUAAGAAAGAAACUCUACAAAAAGAAAUUUAUAUUUUAUUUAUAAUUGGUUGUGUCAUUGUCAUAGUGGCAUUACUUGAAGGUUACCCUUAUUGGACAGGAGCUUUACUUAGUUAGCCCUUCUUCUCGAUUGAAAAGGCAAACCUCCCUUUUGGGUUCGAAUCUCUUUUAUAAUUGUUUUUUUUUAACUCUUAAGUUUCAUUGGUUGGUGCCUUGUUGGAUUUUUUUCUUUCAAUUGUAGACUAUCUUUUCUGCUUUUCUAUAUUUUUUUACAUAAAAUACAGUGUCCACUCUUUGCAUAGUUCUCAACUUCUAAUGAGUGCUAAAGAAUCUUUGAAUUAAGAGUUUUCCUUCAAAUCGAUCAAAAGGAAAAAGAUGACUAAAAUAUCUCGUUAGCAAUAAUCGUUUGUUUUGAUAUUCAAACUCUUAAAGUGAAAUUAUAAAGUUGAUGUUGACGUAGUAUUAGUAUUACUAAAGUCCUACUUUUAGGUUUCCAAGAAAAUUGCAACGGAAAAAACAUGCACCAAACUAACAAUAGACGUGAAAAUUAGCAGAAUAUGUAUAAAGAGUAUAAAACAAAAGAACAUCUCUUGAGGAAACCUUGCUAAUAACGCUACAAAAAAAAACACAGCGUGAUUUUACUUCUCACUUUUUUUUUUUUUUUUGACAAAGCGCUUUCUUACUUCUCACUUUUUCACUUCACGCUUUCUUUAGAUCCCAAUCACAUGUAUGAAGCCGCGUUUGUUUUAGCCGUCCAUUCCCCUAAAGCCAAAAAACAAAGUUUGCAAUUAUUAAUCAAGAUCUAGCUAAUUCCAAUAUUUAAUUUCAAUCUUGUAGAUGGUUAAAUAAAUAAAAAGAGGAUAACAAACGAUCUGAAUCCAACUGUAUUCUCUAAGCAAAGUGGAGAUGCGAAUAAAUUUUUCCAACACCUUCUUCUUUCUUUUAAAACCUUUUUCCUUAUAGAAUCUUCUUACAUAACCCCCAGCUUGCAUUCCAAUUAAAGACAUUUCAUAUGAUACAGCUGCAUAUUCGCAUUUCAGUGCUUUCACACCGUUAUUACCGCCAUUUAAACUUUACAGCAGCAAUUAAAUCAUUUCUUUUAAAUGAAUUACAUCGGAACGUUUGAUGCAGCUAAUCAGAAUAAAUGUAGUCAUAAUUGUGAUAAAUUCGAAAUAAAAUUUUAAAUUAAGAAAUUAUAUAAUAAAUUAAACCAAUCAAAAUUGCAAGGAAUGAUAACUGGUUUUGUAAAUUGUUUUAAAAUUGAAGAAUAUAUAUAGCUACAAAAACUAUUUUAUUGUACAUCAAAAAAGUUGCAGAACAAAUUAAUUGAACUCAAUUUGAGUAAUGAAUAAACGCCCCAGCAAAUGAACUCUGACUUGAGCCUUUUUACUUUUCUCAACAGUAGACUAAUUUCCACGCUAAUCCCGCAAUUAGCUUGCGCUUUCGCCACGUGGCCGCAUCUUUAACUUCUUGUUGUCUAAAAUAAUUAGGGCUUCGCUGCGCAUUUGUUUUAGCCUUAUUGGUGGAUCAAAAUCACGGCGCCGUCCACUCUGGCGUCAUGCCGUCAAAGCUGUCAUCAGCCAAUACUUUCCUGCCACGUUUUCUUCCCCAAAUAGCCUCCGCCACACAAAAUGUUGAGAAAUACUCCAUUUUUUUUCAUAAUAACUGUCAUUCUGUAUUUUCUCUUGUUACACAAAAAGUGACUUUAAAUUUUUAAAGCAAAUAAUAUUUAUUUUCAACUGAAAAUUAACUGCAAACUGAAUUGAUUUUAUAAAUAAUUUUACUUAUAUCAAAUACUAUUGGUCAAAUAGAUGUAACUAAUAACAAUUUAAAUACAUUUAAUUAUUUUUUAAUUUAUAUGAAAAAUAUCAAAAUAACACUUAUUUAAAAAUGGAGGGAGUAGUAAUUAGUAAAUAAAAUGCCACAACGUAUAUAUGUAUAAUAUACGCUUUCUUGGUAAAAAUGUGUGUAUAAUCUAUGUUGGUAAUAAGAAAGUUAUAGGGUCCACUAUAAUUUUGAAAUGUUACAGGGGGUUGGCUGGUUUGUUAUAUGUUAAAAGGCGAGCAGAACAAUGGUACUAGUGAUUUAAUAUAAUCAUGAUUUGGAUAUAUGAUAGCGUAUGCAUUAGGAGAAGUGUUGGUAACAAUUCAUCUUGAAGGAGUAUUGUUAAAGGAUAAGGUCUUGGGUUCGAGGGACGCUAAGCACACCAACAACCUAAUUAUAGAAUCAAAGAGAAUUUAUAAUGGAAGGGUUAGGGUUCAGUUCCAUACAGGACUGUGAGCCGAAUUCCGAAUAAGCGGGAUGUGUUGUCACACUAUCACCAUGUAUAAAAUGACAGACAUAUAUGAAUAUAUGAUAUGAUCAAACAGCUAGAGCAUUAUUUCUCACUAUAAAAUACAUGAUUAUGGAAAGAGAUUAUAUAUAUUUCAUGAAUCCCCCAUUAAUGAAUAUUUUAAACUAAUUUAAUAAAUGUUGUUUGAAUUUACUAAAAGAUUACUUCCUAAAGAUACAAAUUUAAAGUAUAUAAUCCAUUUAGCAAACAAAUGUCAUAACUCACUUGAUCUUAUAUGCAAUGCAUACAUCACGUAUCUAAAAUAUGGAUAUGUUAUCUUUUUGGGUUUUUGUUACUUUUCCCAGUACCAUAUAUACCAAAUUUAUCAAUCAUCAAUUUCUUAUCACAAAAUUUACAACAUUAAAAAGUUUAUAUUUAAUGGUGUAUCUGAUGGAUAAUAACUUAUUGAAACUGUGAUGGGCAAUUAUCCAUUUCAAUUUUUCUUUUCGUUUUGUACUUUUGUGCUUGAAUUAUGUGCCAUUCUACCAACCAAAACAGUUUAAAAUUUCUUCAAAAAGACCAACGUAAAUGGAACGUGAUUUGGAUCUUUGUUAUCUAAUGUUUGCUAAUAUAUUCAAGAACAUGAUGAAGUCAUGGUUCCUUGAUGGGAGAACUAAUUACCAAUGAUCAAGUCAUAUUUUAUUCCUUUUUUAACAUAAUCUCAUAUUGAACUCCAACUUAAACGGCGGUAUCAGAUCUAAGAUAGUAAUAAUCUAAAAUUAAAAAGUGGAAGAUAAGGUAAAGUUUUGGUGCUUAAUAAUUGGAAGAAUAAAAACUAAAAGAAAGUAAUUAAUCGCUGUUCAGACUUUGAAUUAAGACACCAACUAAAACCCCAUGCCAAAGUCAUAUACAUUCACACAUACAUACGAAUACCAUACAUGAGUUGUGUUGUUUUGUGUGAGUGUGUAUAUAUAAACAAUCACAUCAUAACUCUUUGCUUAAACAUUUAAAACCUCUCUCUCUCUCUCUCUCUCUCUCUCUCUCUCUCUCUCUCUCUCUCUCUCUCUACAAGUUUCCUUCUCUAUCCAUCACCUCUGUUUUUUCUUGCUCUGCUCUAAUGGAGGAACAAAACUGGAUAAGAGGACCAAUCAUAGGCCGGGGCUCAACCGCCACCGUCUCACUAGCAAUCACAAACUCCGGUGAAUUCUUCGCCGUCAAAUCCACAGAGCUUUCUUCAUCGGCGGUUUUGCAGAGAGAACAAACGAUCUUGUCUAGUUUGAACUCUCCUUACGUAGUAAACUACAUUGGUUCCAAUACAACGACGGAGAACAACAAACUGAUGUAUAACCUCUUGAUGGAAUACGUUCCCGGCGGGAGUAUUCACGAUUUGAUCAAGAACUCGGGCGGGAAGUUGCCGGAGCCGGAGAUUAGAUUCUACACGCGACAGAUUCUUAAGGGGUUAAUGUAUCUUCACGGUCGAGGGAUCGUUCACUGCGAUUUGAAGAGCGAUAAUGUUAUGAUCGGAGAGGAAACAGCGAAGAUCGCCGAUUUGGGCUGCGCAAAAAUGGCGGGAAACGGGAGUUUGGAGUUUUCCGGUACACCGGCGUUUAUGUCGCCGGAGGUGGCGCGUGGUGAAGAGCAGGGGUUUCCGGCUGAUGUGUGGGCUUUGGGGUGUGUGGUGAUAGAGAUGGCUACGGGUUCGAGUCCUUGGCCGGAGCUAAACGACGUCGUUGCCGCGAUUUACAAGAUUGGGUUCACCGGAGAGUCGCCGGAGGUUCCGGAGGUUUUGUCGGAGAAAGGGAAAGACUUUUUGAGGAAGUGUCUGGUAAGAGAUCCGAAACAGAGAUGGACGGCUGAAGAGUUGCUUCAACAUCCGUUUUUGGAGGAAGAAGACCAAUCUCAAACUCAGUUUGGUUCUUGUCUGAAGAAUUAUUCUCCUAGUACUGUGUUGGAUCAAGGUUUCUGGAAUUCAUGUGAAACCUCGAGAAGUCGGUUCAUUCAAGCGGACUCUUCGAGUUUAUGGGAGUCUUCAGCGACUGACCGAAUCAAGAAACUCGUCGGAGAUGAGAAUCCCGGCGAAACUACGGCGGAGGAUGGUUGGAUUGAAGUUAGAGGCAACGGAGAGAUAGAGAAAAGUAAUGAAGACGAUAACGAAGAUGUGGAUUGCGUUGAAGCAACGUCAUCGGAGGAAGAAGAAGUGGGAGGAUUUGAGGAUUGGAUCUUGGAUCAAGAAGACAGCUUGUUCUUGGAAUAUUCUUCUACUGAGAACAACAUUUUUUAUUUUUACUCUAAUGACCUCUUUCAUGAGGAUAAUAUAAUUCUUUAUUAUGAUCAUCUUGAAGAUGGUUUUGUACACAAGGAUGAAACAUUUGUUGAUGAUAAUACUAAGAAUCAUUUCUUUAAUCACAUUACAAUGAUUAUACAAGUUAGCAUAUCUAAAUCGAUACCAUUUGAUAGUUACACCGAAAGCUAGACUUGCAAUUUUGUAGAUAGUAAAAAUGUUCUGUAUAUGUGUUUAGAACAUAGGCGAGAUUGCCCAAAAAAAACAUAGGCGAACACUUAUGACUUGUCAUCGCUUAUUGACUACUCAUUUGUUGCAUGAUUUGGUUUCACAUUGAGCUCUCUUUACAUAGCCAAGUAGAUUAUAAUUUUAGAAAUGCAACUACAAGAUGAUUUCAUACUACUAAACAUUACGGUUUGUGUUUAGAAAUUAACAUUAUGUUGGUGGGUAUAGUUUUGAUUUUCUGGACAGAGACCAAAUAGUUGUUAAAAAUGAAGGAGCAGAUGAUGCAGUUAACCUAUAUAUUAACAACUAUAAUAGCGAGUUACAAAAUGGACGAGCACAUGAUGCAGUUAACCUUUGAUUAUGUUCAGAUGUACAAAUUGUUCUAAGAAGUAAAAAUAAAUGAUAAAGAUAUAGGUAUUCUCUGUUAACUUAAAAAUAGAAGUAAAUAGAUGUAAAGGUACUAGACAAUUUGGAAGCUCCCAGUAAUUAGUAUGUGUAUAACUUCUAAGGUUUAUAGAAAUAAUUAUAUGAUAAUUUACCGUACUUGUAAUCUUUUGAGAUUUUUAAGUUUUGAAAGGUUAGGUGAUGGUAAGUGGUUACUGGUGGUGGUAUAACACAGGGGAAAGUCGUCGUCGGGUUGAUAUGUUUCUGCCUUCUGGUGAGGAAUUUAAGUACGGAAACCACUCUUCAUAAUGAAUUGGACUUUAUGCUAAGUCAAAUUAUUUUAGUUGGUCUAACAUUUAUCUAUUAUUUUCAUAGUAUUUUAAUAUUAUUUUUGUGUUUACCAAAACCACAACGGAGUUCCAUUCAAAUGCGAAAGCAUAAGACUUUUCUGGGGUCUCUAACCAAAGUUGGCGUUUACUUUCUACACAGUACACACUAAUCAAAGUCUGGUAUUUCUUGACCAGGUUCAUUCAGGUUGACUUUAAUUUCGGUCCUCUAUAUAUGCGAUGCCUUUCAUUUGUUAAAAGAUCAAAACAACCAAAGUCGUCUAAAGUCAGCUUUUUCUGAUUUAAUUUAUAAGUUCGAAAAAGCAAUUUGUUGUUUCAUAACUUGUCUUUUAGUUAAAUAAGGUUUACACAGUUUUUAAACCAAUAUUUUCAGUAAUUAUAAUAAUGUAUUGACUAACUGAAAACUAUUAAUUCAACAUUGUUAAUCUGAUUUAAAAUAUAUUGCUUAAAAAAUGUGGAUGCCUAGAUGUAAGUCUGUUUUGACAGAAAACAUUUUGCUAUCUUGAUUUUUAAAUCAAAAGAUAGAACUGAAAAGUAGUCACACAUUCGAAUUUCGAUGCCUAAAGAAAAGUAGGUCUAAGUAUCCCACUUAAUGUCCAAAAGGUUGAUGGUGAGGUGGUGAUGAAAGGAUGACUCUAUGUCGAUGACAAAAUGAUCUCAUGCAUCGAAGUCAAGAAAAACCAUAUAAAACGUUUUAUUGUAAAAAGGUUUGGUAACAAUUACUUAUUAACUAUCAGUAUCACACAAGUAAUCAAACAAGCUUAUGAAUGAUAAGUUACGUAUACGGUAUACCUUUUUUUUUUAACAUCAAUGAUAACGUUGAUAAGUUACAUAUUGCCAUAAUUCGCCCAACUGACCAAAUGAUAUUGUAAUUGCUACUAUUUCAUAUUGGUUAAGCUAGCUGGAUUUGUAUGUAAUUUUAUCAACGUAUUGUUAAAUUUAUAUGAUUAGUUUUCUUUUCAACACGAUAUUCACAUCACCGUUGUAGAGUUACUAUAGGAUUCAUGAUUAGGUUAGAUUUGAUCCAAUGUAUCUGAUUCGAAUUUGAAGAGAGUAUCAUCAGUUGCUUAAUCAUAGAAACACUUUUAACUUUCACCGUUUCCUUGAAGCUUUGGCCUUUGGGCAGAUACAUAUUUACAGUUGCAAACACAUUCAACGAAAGGCAUAUAUAUCCCCUAAUGUUCAUGACUUCUUACUUUCUCAAAUUCAUUGAAAAAUCUCUAUAUUACAGAAGACACCAAUAGUUUUUUUCAGAACAAUUUGGAGUCAUUGUAAAUGACAUAUAUAUAAUUAAAAAGGUUGACUUUAGAAAAAGGUGGAAGUGUUCUCGUUGGCACACACUCACUACACCAUAACUCAUCUUUAGCCAUCUUUAAUCUAAAAAUAGUAAAAUACUAUUGCUCAUUUUCAUGUAUUCCACUAGGAUUGCAUGGGCUUAUAGAGCCUUAUCCAUUUCAACAACUCGAUUACCUUUUUCUUUGCAUAUUAUUAUUAUAUGAACAUAAGUUAAUACUUCCAAAAGAGAAAGGCAAGUUUUCUUUCUUGUGUUGCUAUAUUUAACUUAUAUGUAUCAAUAUGCUACCUCAUUGGCUCACACGCAAGACUCCAACGAACCGUUAUUGGUACAAGUGUGUUUGGUUUAACGAAAUAUCUUAAUAUCUUAAUAGUAAUGGCUUAUGAUGCAAGUCUGGUGAAGAGGACCAUUCCGAGUAGCCAAAUGAGUUAUGUAAACGUCCUAAAUUCAAGUGGUAGCACUGAUAACUAGAUGAUUUGAUCUAUAUUGUCUCUUUGAAUUUAUCAUAGACACAAAAAUACUUGAGCGUCUAGAUCGGUUUCAAGAAUGCUGAGUAUUAAUGCCUCAAAAAAAUAAAAGAAUGCUGACGAUUAUUUCUAAGCUCGGUUGCCUUCAGGUGAUCAUUCAUAUAUAUGAGACUUAAGUUCCGAUACUGUAAAGAAAGCGUAAGCGACAGACGAAUGUUAAAUUCAAAAUUAAUUGAUGAUCAAAGCCGAUUCAUCCCCAAUCAAUAUACUUAACGUCCAAAAAACAUAUCGUGAAUUUUGCACCACUUAAUAAAGAAUCUCUAUGGAUCGAUGAUGACAAUGUUAAUGAUAUAGAGUGAAGUCUUAAAGAUCAAAUGCAUGUAACCGAAGCCUCUCGACAUUACAAGCUGAGAUGAAAAGAUUAUUAUGGGCAACAUACAUAAUCAUGUGUAGCGUUCUUUUCUUCCAUACAGAUCAGACACAGAUAUGUUUUUUGAAAAAUAUAUUUCAGUUUGAUUAUAACUUGAUCUAGUGAUACGGGUAGCUGACAAAAAAAAAUCUCUAUGGAAGUGAAAAUCCCAAUAAAAAUCAAUGUCAUUAUUUUAGUCAAAAUUGUAACAUUUUGUUCAAACUGUAUAUAAAAUAAAUAAACUCAAUACACCGAGGCUUUCCCAGCCCAGUAGAAACUCGAAAAAGUAGUUCAGUUUUUUUUUUCCUCAGAUAGCAAAUCUGUAAAGGAAACAAA